UUGAAAAAAAAUAUAACAUUACUUCAUCCUCAAAAAAAUGAAAUUUCAAGUUCCCAUUCAUAUCCUCCUUGUCUCAUUUCCAGCACAAGGACACAUAAAUCCUCUUCUCAGACUAGCAAAGUCUCUUGCUGCAAAGGGCAUUUCUGUCAUUUUCACCACAACAGCUAAAGCUGGCAAAACCAUGCAAACUGCUAACUACGUCACAAUUGGUGAUGGCUCUCUCUCUUUCCAAUUCUUUGACGAUGGUUUACCAGAUGAUGAAUCCAUUAAUCUUCUUGCUCACUGCGAAGAAGUUGAGCUUGUUGGGAGAAAGUUCGUUUCUCAAAUGAUCAAGAACCAUGCUGAUUCAAACAAACCAAUCUCAUGUAUCAUAAACAACUCUUUUUUUCCAUGGGUUUCUGAUGUAGCUCUUGAACAUGAUAUCCCUUCUGCUUUAUUAUGGACUAAUUCCAGUGCUGUUUUCACAGUUUGUUAUAACUAUGUCCAUAAAUUGGUACCUUUCCCUACGGAUGAAGAACCGUAUAUCGACGUAGAAUUGCCUUUUCUAGCUCUUAAAUACAAUGAAAUCCCAGAUUUUAUACAUCCUUUCUUCCCAUAUCCAUCGCUAGGGAAACUCAUUUCAGAACCACUUAGAGACUUAUCUAAAGUGUUUUGUGUAUUUGUUGAUACCUAUGAAGAACUAGAGUAUGAUUUCAUCGAAUAUAUUUCCGAGAAUUCAAUCCCCAUAAGACCCAUUGGUCCUCUUUUCAUAAAUCCAGCAAUAAAAGGAGCGACUAGUAUCGAUGAUUGCGAAACUGUAGAGUGGCUAAACAGAAAGCCGAAAGGUUCUGUGGUUUACGUAUCUUUUGGGACUGUUGUGAACCAUACUCAAGAACAGGUGCAUGAAAUUGCAUAUGGGAUAUUGAAUUCUCAAGUAUCGUUUUUGUGGGCGAUAAAACAACAUGAGGAUUUACCUAAUGGUUUCUUGGAGGAAACAUGUGGGAUAGGAAAAGUUGUGAAGUGGUGUUCACAAGAGGAAGUACUUGCUCAUCCUUCAGUGGGAUGUUUCAUAACCCAUUGUGGUUGGAAUUCAUCGAUGGAAGCACUUGCUUCGGGAGUUCCGGUGUUGGCAUUUCCGGUAUGGGGUGAUCAACUUACAAAUGCGAAGUUUUUGGUUGAUGUUUUUGGGAUAGGGAUUAGGUUGGGUUGUGAUGGAAAGAAAUUGGUGAAAAGAGAUGAGGUGAAGAAGUGCUUAUUGGAAGCAAUGGCAGGGGAAAAAGCUGAGGAGUUGAAGCAAAAUGGAAGCAAGUGGAAGAAGACGGCGGAGAAUGCGGUGGCUGCCGGUGGAUCCUCUGACCGACAUAUUGAUGCAUUUAUUGAAGACAUUAAAAAACUUGCAUGUUGAUAAAUGUUAGUAGUACUACUAAAACUACUUGCCACAAUAAACUAGGCAAAAUAUUAUUACUUAUUAUUAUUAAUAAUAAGGGUUUAACAAUAUAAAAUUAAUAAAAUAUUUAAUUAGUUAAAAAAUUGUUAUUAAGUUUUAUCAAUAUAGUUGAAAAUAAACAUGAACAAAAUAAUUGAAGUCC